AUGCUUGUUCUCGAAGAGCAGCGCUACAUCCAUGAGGAUCUAGAGCGUCUGGAACAAGGUAUCGCUGAUCGCAUUCGCGAUGAGCCCAGACAUAUCCGUGAUCGCCUCAACAGAGAUCAUGAGAUUUCUCAAUUAUUAGACCAGAUCCAGGUUCAGUCGAAAAACCUCCUCGACAUCUACAAAGACGAAAACGGUGUCCGGUCGCAAGAGAUUCAGCAGAUUGAUACAGGCGACCCUUUCGCGGAGUUCUAUAAGCAGCUCAAAGGUGUUCGUGAGCAUCACGAGAGAUACCCAUACGAGCAAGCAGAAAACUCGGAGCAGCGAUAUCAGAUCAAGAAAUCAGAUGGAGAGCCGCUACCAUCUAUUGUCGACUCUCUAUUUUCUGGAGAGGAAGCAUAUGGCCGAUUUUUCGAUCUCAACAUCUGUCACGAGGCUUACCUCAACCUUCCCAAUGUUCGACGACUCACAUAUCUGCAAUACCUCGAGAACUUCGACAAUUUUGCACCUGGACAUGGUGGAGUCACACGAGCCAACAAAUUGACGGAUCAGUACUUCAAGUAUGUCGGACAACUAGCAGAGUACCUCGAGAGUUUCAUGCGACGAACGCGGCCGCUGGAAAACGUGGACAAGGUGCUUGCGUCGUUUGACCAAGAGUUCGAGACGGCAUGGGACAAGGAUGAGAUUCUGGGCUGGGAGAAGGACUCACAUUCAACAAACGCCACUGCAAAGGAGACCAGCACAGCAGAAGCUGUAUGGUGCGAAGACUGCGAAAAGGAGUUCAAGAACGAAAACGUCUACAAGAACCAUCUCACAGGGCGAAAACACGUCAAGGCAGCCGAGCAGCGAAAACAGCGACAGGAGCAAGACUCGCCAGCCAACGGCGCAACUGGAACAGUCUCAGCGACACGACUAAAAGAGCGCGCGGUAGCCGAACGAGAGUACAGAGUCAAGCGCCUAGCCAGCGCCAUGAGCACCGAGCGAAGCGACACCAGAGUCAACGUCGAGCGCAAGCAAGGCAUGACCGAACGCGAACGUGCCCAAGAACUCGAGAACUUCUUCAAUGCCGAGGAUACAUCCCAAGAAGUCCAAGACGACGGCGAGGGCGAAGACGAAGACGGCGAGGAGCGAAUCUACAACCCCCUCAAACUGCCUCUCGCAUGGGACGGCAAGCCAAUCCCCUUCUGGCUGUACCGCCUUCACGGGCUGGGUGUCGAGUUCCCCUGCGAGAUCUGCGGAAACUUUGUAUACAUGGGUCGACGAGCCUUCGACAAGCACUUUAAUGAAGCGCGACAUAUCUACGGUCUUAAGUGUCUGGGCAUCACCAAUACGACGUUGUUCCGCGAUAUUACCCACAUUGAGGAGGCGAUGCAGCUGUGGGAGAAGAUUCAGAAGGAGAAGAAGCGCACAAAGGUUGAUGAGGGAAGUGUAGUCCAGAUGGAGGAUGGGGAGGGCAAUGUCAUGCCUGAGAAGGUUUACCUGGAUCUGCAGAAGCAGGGAUUGUUGUAG